AGAUUGACACGGUCAAAUUGUUAGUGUGUCACUAUUAGGUGUAUUACCUACUCACCCAAUUAAAAAAUCACAUAUUUAAAAAUUACGAAGUAGAAAAUACAACAAAUAACAAGAUCCUGUACGACUAUAAUGUUUUGAAGUAUAGAUAAACGGUAUUUCAAAGAACGGAUUGAACAACAUACGUGUCAGUGUGUCACUAUCCCCCACUCACCUCAUGAAAACUCCAUCCUGAAUUCCUUAUUGUAUACCAAACCGCCCAAGGAAAAAAAAAAAUAAAAGUAGAAAAAAGCCAGAAAAAGGAAGCAAGAAAGCGAAAAACAAAAGCAAAAAAAUCAAUAAAAAUGGAAUUAUAAAAAUAAAUACACCCAAGUGUCUCUCUAUCCAAAUCAACGAAACCCAGGAAAGCUCAGUUGGGUUCUUUCCUGGGUAUUACUGCUUCUUCCUUGUUAUUACACUACACACUUUCAAGUUCCCACCUUUCACUUUCUCUCUCCUUCGACGUCACUCCUUUACUCUCACUCCUCUUUCUCUCUCAUACCCUUUUCCCCAUUUUUAUUAUUAAUUCUUGGGAUUGAUCAUUGUUUCUGAUUAGGGUUUACUCUGAUUUUGAUUCUGGGGUUUCAAUUUUUGUCAGUUACAUGAACUAUAAUGUCGAGAAUAUGCACAGAUUUGCUACUUUUUGUGGGUAUCAUGAUUAUUAUUAUAGUUGGGUUGAAUUUCAAUUAUACUUUUGCAAUUGAUUCAAUUGAUGAUGAUGAUGAUGGUGAUGGGUUUUCGAUUAUUGGAAGUGGGGUUGAGAAUUCGUAUCAAUUUCACGGGGAUUACUCUCCUCCGACGCCGCCGCCUCCGGUGCUUCCACCGUUACCGCCUUCGGCAUCGUGUGAAGGUGAUCUUAGGGGUUUUGGAUCGCUUGAGAGUGUUUGUAAGCUCAAUUCUAGCUUAGAAUUAUCAAAUGAUUUGUAUAUAAAAGGGAGUGGUAAUUUAGAGAUUGAUUCUGGUGUGAUUAUUAGUUGCCCUUUUGCUGGGUGUUCAAUAACUGUUAAUUUGAGCGGUGAAUUUCAGUUGGGUAGGAAUGCUACUGUAGUUGCUGGAGCUUUCUGGGUUGUGGCAGAGAAUGCGAGUUUUCUGGAAGGUUCUUUAGUUAAUGUUAGUGCUUUGGGGGGUCCUCCGCCUGCACAGACGAGCGGGACGCCUGUAGGGGUGCAGGGUGCCGGUGGCGGGCAUGGUGGGAGGGGUGCUAAUUGUUUAGCAGACAAUUCAAAGCUUCCUGAGGAUGUGUGGGGUGGGGAUGCCUAUGCUUGGUCUGAGGUAGACAAGCCGUGGAGUUUUGGCAGUCGCGGUGGGACUACAAGUAAGGGGGAGAAUUUCGGUGGUGGAGGUGGUGGGAGGAUACUGUUAAAUAUGACUAAUUCAAUUGAAAUGGAUGGGAGUCUUCUAGCCGAUGGCGGCACCACAGGUAUUAAAGGGGGAGGAGGAUCAGGUGGUAGCAUUUUUAUAAAGGCUUCUAAAAUGGCUGGAAAUGGCCGGGUAAGUGCAUCUGGAGGUGACGGCUUUGCUGGAGGAGGUGGUGGAAGAGUUUCUAUCAACAUCUUUAGCAGGCAUGAUGAUCAAGAAUAUUAUGUUCACGGAGGGAGAAGUUUUGGUUGCCCUAAAAACUCAGGUGGUGCUGGUACAUUUUAUGAUUUUGUUCCUCGGAGGCUGACUAUCGACAAUCACAACUUGUCAACAGACACAAACACACUUCUUCUAGAAUUCCCUAAUCAGCCACUGUGGUCAAAUGUCUACAUACAAAAUCAGGCAAAGGCUACAGUUCCUUUGUUUUGGAGUCGUGUGCAGGUCCAAGGACAGCUUACUCUGUCUUCCGGCGCGGCUUUAACCUUUGGCCUCGCACAUUAUGCAUCAUCAGCAUUCGAACUAAUUGCAGAAGAACUCUUGAUGAGUGACUCGUUGAUUAAGGUAUAUGGCGCCUUACGCAUGACUGUAAAGAUGCACCUCAUGCUGAACUCACAAAUGUUGAUAGAUGGCAGCGGUGAUGCAAUUGUGGCUACUUCUCUUCUUGAGGUCAGCAAUCUACUGGUUCUCAAGGAAUCGUCUGCAAUACAUUCUUCAGCAAAUCUGGGAGUUCACGGACAAGGAUUCUUGAAUUUGACUGGCCCUGGAAAUGUUAUUGAGGCUCAACGUCUUGUCCUUUCGUUAUUUUUCAGUAUCUAUGUUGGGCAAGAAUCAAUUUUGCGAGGUCCUUUGGUAAGGGCGAGCAAUCAUGAUGCUUCCCCAGAUCUUUAUUGUGACCAGCAAGAAUGCCCUGUGGAAAUACUUCAUCCACCUGAAGAUUGUAAUGUGAACUCCUCACUGCCCUUCACCUUACAGAUUUGUCGUGUUGAAGAUGUUAGCAUUGAAGGUGUUGUAGAAGGAUCCGUUGUUCAUUUCCAUUGGGUCAGAUCUGUGUCUGUUCCACAUACGGGAAUGAUUAGUGCAUCUGGAUUGGGCUGCAUAGGAGGUGUUGGUCGAGGAAACCUUUCCAGCAAUGGUCUUGGAGGGGGUGGAGGACAUGGGGGCAGAGGUGGAGAUGGAUUUUGUGAUGGGAAAUUUGCUGAUGGUGGUGGUGCGUACGGAGAUGCUGAUUUGCCAUGCGAACUCGGUAGUGGUAGCGGAAACAGUAGUUUACCAGGAUCAACUGCUGGUGGUGGUAUCAUUGUGAUGGGGUCCCUGGAGCACUCUUUGCCAAGUAUGAUUAUUGAGGGUUCAUUAAUUGCUGAUGGGCAGAGUUGUGAAGAAGGUAUAACAAAGCAAAGAGGUGCAAUGUAUGCAAGUAAUGGCCCAGGUGGUGGUUCUGGUGGAACCAUUCUUGUAUUUGUUCAAACAUUGCAUCUUGGGAAUUAUUCUGCUGUUUCAGCUGUUGGAGGAAAUGGUAGCCCAAAUGGUGGUGGUGGUGGCGGUGGAGGAAGGGUUCAUUUUCAUUGGUCAGACAUUCCAGUUGCAGAUAAGUACCAGCCCAUUGCUAGUGUGAGUGGCAGAAUCCUUGUUCGAGGCGGUCCGGGCAAAAGUGAAGGGUAUCCUGGUGAAGAAGGAACUGUCACUGGAAAGGCAUGCCCAAUUGGGCUCCAUGGAAUCUUUUGUGAGGAAUGUCCUAUUGGCACAUUCAAAAAUGUCACCGGGUCUGAUCCGACCCUCUGUCGUAGUUGCCCAGCUUAUGAGCUUCCAGAUCGUGGCAUGUAUACCCAUCAACGAGGUGGUGUUACUGAAACUCCUUGUCCUUACAAGUGUAUAUCUGAUAGAUAUCACAUGCCACACUGCCGCACAACAUUGGAAGAGUUAGUGUACACGUUUGGUGGGCCGUGGUGGUUUUGUUUUUUCCUUCUUAGUAUCCUCAUCCUGUUGGCUUUAGUUCUUAGUGUUGCGCGGAUGAAAUUUGCUUCCGGGGAUGAUAUUCCAGGUUUAUUACCCCAUCGAGGACGUACUCAACUAGACCAUUCCUUUCCUUUCCUUGAGUCCUUGAAUGAGGUGUUGGAGACAAAUAGAAAUGAGGAAGCACAGAGCCAUGUUCAUAGAAUGUAUUUCCUGGGCCCGAAUACAUUUAGUGAGCCAUGGCAUCUACCUCACUCUCCUCCAGAUCAAGUGAAAGAGAUAGUGUAUGAGGAUGCAUUUAUCCGCUUUGUUGAUGAGAUAAAUGGAGUUGCUUCUUAUCAGUGGUGGGAAGGAUCGGUGCACAGCAUUCUUUCUGUUCUAGCAUAUCCACUGGCAUGGUCAUGGCUGCAGUGGUGUCGAAAAAAGAAGCUACAGCGACUACGUGAAUUUGUGCGUUCAGAGUAUGAUCACUCCUGUUUACGUUCGUGUCGCUCUCGCGCUCUUUAUGAAGGGCUGAAGUUAUCUGCUACUUCAGACUUGAUGCUUGCAUACCUAGACUUCUACCUGGGUGGAGAUGAAAAACGAUCUGACCUUCCUCCUCGUCUAAACCAGCGUUUACCUUUGACAUUGAUAUUUGGAGGCGAUGGAAGUUAUAUGGCUCCAUUCUCUCUUCACAAUGAUAAUGUUUUAACUAGCCUUAUAAAUCAGUCUAUGCCACCCACAGUUUGGUAUCGACUUGUAGCUGGUCUCAAUGCUCAAUUGCGUCUUGUUCGCCGUGGACAACUGAAGUCAACCUUUGAACCUUUUGUCAACUGGCUUGAAACCGUAGGGAACCCUGUCACUAGCAUCCAUGGCUUGAGAGUUGAUCUGGCAUGGUUUCAGCCAACUACUAUUGGCUAUUCUCAGUUUGGUCUUGUGGUGUGUCGAGCAAGAAAUCUCCAGCCAUCUGGUGGUAAUAUCGACAGGGUCCUUCCUCCGAAGCCACCAUCAAGGGUUCAUAAAGAUGAUCAAGUGGACCACUUGAAAGACUCUGAACUCCAGAUGGUAGAUAGAAAAAUUCCUGGAUAUAUUCUUCAAGAAAAGAGCUUGCACAUGCUUAAAAAUAGUUGGAACAUUUCUUGUCUUUUCAACUUUUUAGCAUGUAAUACCAAGCCCGCUGGUCAUCAGGAUCUAAUUGGUCUCGCCCUCUCAACACUAUUGCUAGCAGAUUUUAGCUUGGUAGUGCUCACGCUGAUUCAGCUAUAUUCUAUUUCACUUCUGGACUUCUUUAUGGUUCUUUUUGUCCUUCCUCUUGGAAUAUUACUUCCAUUUCCCGCUGGGAUAAAUGCUUUGUUCAGCAGAGGACCUAGGAAAACUGCUGGUCUUGCACGCAUUCAUGCUCUUUGGAACAUCACUUCUUUUAUCAAUGUGUUCACUGCUUUAAUUUGCGGGCUUGUUCAUUAUAAGAUUCAACCGAGCAAGAAACCUGGGGACGUCCAUUCUUGGAAUUUUAGCAGGCAAGGGCAAGAAAGCGAAUGGUGGGUGCUGCCUUCAGGUUUAAUUUUGUGCAAGCUUUUUCAAGCCCGACUUAUCGAUUACCAUGUCGCAAACCAGGAGAUUCAGGAUCUAACAUUAUACAGCAAGGACCCUGACCAGUUUUGGCAGUCAUGAUUUUUUUUGUACUGUCGAGGAUAAUUGGAACCGAGGUCUUUAUAAUUUUCUUACAUUUUUACCGUUCACAUUUUGUAAAUUGUGAUAAGGCUUUAAUUUAGAAUAGUAGUGAGAAAUGUAUAUUGCCCCUUUGUGUGGGGUUGCCGGAUGGGGGGAGGACUCAUUUGUAGCAGCUAAUUUUUUCUUGUCAAUAUGCUGUAAAUAACAUCAUCAAUGGUUAAAGUUUGAAAGAUACAUGCAUAGCAAGUGCAUUUAUAAGUGA